CCAGGCGGAGCAAACACAUCGUUGAUUGUCGAGCAGUCCGGAGACUGGACGACACAGAGUGGAGCCGUGGAAGCGAGCAGAUGUGAGCCGGAGGACUGGAGGAGAACACGUUGCAGUACAGACGGAGAAACCGCGAUCCUGCGAAUAUGUGGCAACCAGCGACGGACCGAUUGCAGCACUUCCAGACCAUGCUGAAAACGAAGUUGAAUGUGCUGACGCUGAGGAAGGAGCCGUUGCCCACGGUGAUCUUUCAUGAGCCCGAGGCCAUUGAGCUGUGCUCCACCACGCCGCUCACAAAGAGCAGGACCCAAGCUGGAUUCAAGGUGAACUACCUGGGUAAGGUUACUAUCUCGGGGACCCAGUUCCUAUCUGGCUGCACAGAGUCAGCAGUGACUGGUCUGGUGGAAAGUCGUGGCCUGGCUCAGCAGCAGCAGGGCAUCUGCCCCGCAGGCAGCUCUCUGCUGGAGAUCCGGCCCUUCCAGGUUCGCCUUCACCACCUGCAUGACCACAGCGAGGCGUCAGCAACCAUGGACACCUACCAGGUGGCCCGCAUCGCCUACUGCACAGCCGACCACAGCGUCAGAUCCAACGUGUUUGCCUGGAUCUACAGGGAGAUCAACGACGACCUGUCCUUCCAGAUGGACUGCCAUGCUGUGGAGUGUGAGAGUAAGCUGGAGGCCAAGAAGCUGGCACACUCCAUGAUGGAGGCUUUCCGCAAGACUUUCCAUAGCAUGCGCAGUGACGGCCGCAUCCACAAGAGCGGCUCAUCGGAUGACUUUGCCGAGGACUCAUCCACCCCUGAAGACACGACCCCAGACGACGGUUGAACAGAAACUCGGCUAAAUUCCUGAACUCUCCCCCGUCUUAACAAAGCGACGGGUGACUGGAAGGAUGGACAGAUUACCUGCUUUUCUCAUUCUCCCCUACUGUCUCUCUUUCAGUUUUCAAUCUGGAAUCAAAUUAACUGACCCUGUGAACCAACACACCCAGGAUAAUGAAGUAGCUUUUAAAUACCGUGAAGGGAAGGUAGAUGGAAAAAGGAGUUACAAAAGAUCUACAUACAGAGAUAGCAAAUAGCUGCCACUUUGAAUAAAGACCCACAAGGGCCUUUUAAGCACCUCCGUUAUCGCCCUCAAGAGAUUGACUCAGCAGUUCCUUUUUCAACCACUGUCGCUCCUGCACCACGCUGAAACACGGUUUGUGGUUCUUAAGCUUUUUCAUCUGAGAAACAACGAAAUUUGGUCCCUGUUCUUCUGACCCCAGCUCAUUAUGAACCCAUUGCUACUCUUGCCAUGUAGGGACCCAGCAGCACUAGACCAGUGACCUAUGUUGGGUCCCACCCCUGAGUUUAUGAGACUCUUGGAGCACAUAAGUUCCUUAAAUGUUUAAUUAUGUGGAUCUCUGUCAGAAUGCCUUGGUUAAAUAGCAAAUGAUGAUGUGAAAGAAUAGCUCAGCCUUUAAGCACUGCUCCAUAUCAUCACGAUAGUACCUUAGUCCAAACCCCCGAAAUGAUUUGCUGGCAUGGCUGUUACUCAUGUGGACGACGGAGCCAGAGCUUCUACGUCCGUCUCUGUUUAAUAGGUAGUUGCAGAUCCAGAGUAUGUUAAAGGUGCUAAAUGAUUUUACAUUUUAGAAGUUCUCUCUAGGCUGAAGUCCUGGACCUGUCUCAGACACGGUAAUCAUCCACAUAUGGCUUCUGUUUUAAGUAAACCAAAAUUCAGGCUGGAGUUUGCCUGUCGGAUUAUGUGCCUCACUUUCCUCUCACAUUAGUUUGGUCUAUCACCCAGGUCCCUGUGUGUGUGUAUGUGUGUGUGUGUGUGUACUUGUAUGUGUGUGUGAGAGGGACAUUUCUUUGUGUGUUUCUGUGUGUGUAGGUGUAAUUGCUUACUUUGGUACUUUGUGUAUAUGAAUGUAACAUGUGAGUGUUUGCAUCUCUGUGUGUGAAAGAUAAAAAGGUAAAGGCAGGAAGAUCAGAGGGGGGAGGGACUUCUCAUCCUUCCUGAAGAAUCCAUUGUCGAUGCGUACAGAGGUGUUUUUAAAAUCAGACAUGGUACUGUGACCAUUGGCCAUGUUUUCUUACUUUAAUCCCGUAUGAAAUUACAGUUUGAGUCUAAAUGUACCGGCUGCUGAGAUCGUAGGACCCCUUGAACAAAAUCCCAGCCGUCCAAGGAAACAAGUGGCGCCCCCUGGCUUCUGCUCAAUGUACGAUGGGUCUGACGUGCUGUGAGCACCUCACGCCAUCUCCGGUCAAUUCAGCCUCCCAAGAUCUCUUCGCGUCCUCGCAGACUGCCACACGGGGAGAGAACCCAUGAUGGGUUUGCUCUGUUGCCCUGCAUUGCCUCUCUGAGCGGAGCAGAAACUCGCCACAGCGCCAGGCAACGUUCUCCUUUUUCUAACUGGACUGUAUUGAACAGACUGGACGCUAUCAAUGGAACUGGUCACUGGUCAGUGACUCUAACAGAAUGAUCAGACCACUCUGAUCAGCACACACUCUCAUAUACGCAUCCUACAUACAACUAUACAUAUGUACACAUUGUAUUUGAAUCUCGCUCAAUAAGCUUAUGUAAAUACAAAUGUAUCGCUUUCCAAAUAUUACAGUAUAAAUGUCGAUAGCUAUUUUAAAUAAUAAUAAAAAAAAAGAUGCUGAGAACAUCAUGCGGUACAGAAACAGUGUUAUACAGCCUACUGUGAAUUAUAAGUGGAGAGCCUGAAUGCUGUGUGUCUGUUUGUGUGUGUGUAUGUGUGGAGGAGAUUGUAAGGACAGGAGAGAGAGGUGUGUGUGGGGGGGGAUGUUUAUAAAGCUCUAGAUUACUGUGUCUUGUCUGUCUGACAGCUCAGACGCGCUUUAAAUGUUCAAAAAAACAAUGUUACUUCAGUGUUUUCUAUACAGUGUUUGCAACGAUCAAGAAACAAUUGCAUAUAAAGUAUUUACCACGA